GGCUAUCGUGCACGCCAAGGAAUGUCAGGCAGUGAUAAUAAUUAUUGUUCCAAUUUGGGUUGCUGCCCCCUGGUGGCCCUUAGUUAUGGGAGCAAUAAGAGAAGAGGUGGAUCUUCUUCCACCUGUGGAGAUUAUUCAACUGGGCCCUUCGGGUUGCCUAAAACCUUGCAGAAACGAGCUUUGGAGAUUGAGAGCGGUGCGAAUAGAUUGGUCCAAGAAUGCUUAGUUCGUGCGGAAUGUUUAAUUAAAAAUUCUGGCAAAUUUACUUCAAGAACGAAUAGUUCUUCCUUACCUGCUUCAAGUUCCACAGUUUUGGCUUUUGUUGCCUGGAUGGAGAUGUUGGGGCGUGUUUCUGAGCUGAUGGAAAAUGCAGUCCAGUUUGCAGUGAAUGGUCUUAGGAGAUGUGCGGCUCAGUUUUCAGAAGCGAA